AUGAAAUGGCUGGAAGACGCAAAGAGGGACCUCUUCAGGCGUGGGUCUCCAGCGUUUCGUGUUGGUGUUUGGGUGGCUGGGUUGGGGGGGGCCCUCGUCUGGAUUUACUUUGAGGAGAGAAACAAACCCAUCAACGAGCGGAUUUUGUUCUUGCCGUCUAAGAGAGAGGUGGCUAUGGAUAAAGCUGAGAUAGAAGCCUGGAAUCAACGGCUCUCAGGGAGUAAGCUCCUUCCCGUAGAGGGGGGCGAAGGACAUCAGAAACAGCAGGAACAAGGGGUGGAGGCCGCUAGAUCCAAGGUGCUUGCUGAUAUCAAGCGGCAGCCAGAGGCAGGCAAGAAAGAACAGCACCAAGGGUGGAUCUCCAGUGUGCUGGGAAUGAAUUACAAUGCCAGUACCGAGCACGCGAAACACAAGAAGUUACCGCUGCUGUUCGACAAAUGA